CGUAUAUGUAACUUUGUGGAUGAUUUUUUUUCUGCAUGGAUGACAAUUAGGACAACUGCUUAUUGCCCAUUGGGUUGGAGCAAUUGUUGGUCUUCUUAUCUUUCUUCUACUUCCAAUAACAAAGACUUCAGCUGCAAAGUUUGAAUCCACUGAGGGACGGCUGGCCAACUAUUUACUGAAUGGAUACAACCCACAGUUCCGGCCAUACAACAAGAAAUAUGAAAACAAAACGUUUGUGGAUGUGAUGAUGACAUUGUCCCAGAUCAUUAGUGUGAAAGAGAAGUCACAAGAAUUCACAACAUCCGUGUACAUGCAGUAUGAUUGGUUAGAUGAUAGAUUCGGGUGGGUUCCAGAUGAUUAUGAUGGAAUAACUACAGUUCGUAUCCCCUGUGCAUCGAUUUGGGUACCACGUAUUGUGUUACAGAAUAGCAUUGAUGGCAACUUUGAUGUCUCUUUACGAACAAACGCACUUAUUCAACACGAUGGAAAGGUGAGUUGGCUUCCGCCAGCUUUGUACAAGUCAACGUGUACAAUUGAGGUUGCGUUGUUCCCAUUUGAUUGGCAAAACUGCACAAUGGUUUUUCGUUCGGCUACUUACGAUCGUACAGAAAUGGAAUUCGGGAUACCUAUAGACACCGUUUACAUCGAUUUAAGCGCUUUUCAAUCAAACGGGGAAUGGGACAUCCUGCAAAGACCGGUCAAAAUAAAUUCCAACGAAAAUGAUAAAACCUACCAAGAUAUCACGUUUUAUUUCAUCAUCCGAAGAAAGCCCCAGUUUUACAUCAUAAACCUCAUUAUUCCAUGUAUUUUGAUGUCUUCGCUUUCUUGUUUCGUCUUCUAUCUACCUUCAAUAUCAUGCGAAAAGAUGACUUUAUCUAUUUCCAUUCUACUUGGUGAGACUGUGUUCCUCUUCCUUAUCGCACAGAGGAUGCCGGAAACCUCCCUCGCUGUUCCUCUGAUUGCUGGUUAUCUCCUCUUUGUAAUGAUCCUGGUCAUCAUCAGUGUAAUAUGCAGUGUCGUGGUGUGUAACGUACAUUAUCGAUCGAACACAACACAUUCAAUGCCGGACUGGAUUGUUUGGAUAUUUAUGGAGAAGUUAGCUCCCCUGCUAAAGGUUGAACGACCUUCAGAAGAAGAAUCUGGCGCAUGUUCUGCUCGACCGCGGCGAUGUAGCUCAGUAAGCACAAGGAAGGCAAUGAAACAAAGGUCAGAGUGGAAACCUCCAAGCGAGAUUCUAUUUGACCAUCAGGCGAGCCGUUUGGGGUUUCGUGCACGGCACUACUUGAAUGAAUACGGGAUGACUGGAAUCAAUGUUGCGGCGCCGGAAAAUGGAAGCUUCGUUCCGCCUUCGUUCAAAAAACUGCCUAAAGGUUUCCAGCCAGCUGCAGACUCUAUUGACUACAUUGCUAAUCAGAAAAAGGAGGAAAAUGAAAUGGGACAGUCACAAGAUGACUGGGGCUACGUUGCAUUGAUUUUGGAUCGCUUGCUGCUCUGGGUUUACCUUGCCACUUUCACACUUGGGACUUUGUUCUUUUUCCUGCAGACAAAGUUCGCGUAUUACCCUGAAAAAUUAAAUUAAACAAAAUUAUAAAACAGUAACAAACAUUGAU